CAGAACGAGACCACCCGCACGCGGGUCGUGGGUUUCACGCGUUCUGCUCUGGAAUCCGGAUGCUCUGGGUCUGUUCACGAGAGCGAUCGCGCUCGCGUGGUACGCCGUUCGUUGCGACGUGCGUCGGCUGCCGAUCUCACGCAGCGCGUUGUUCCGGCCUCACAAUAGCAGAGACGAGGAGGAGUCCCUCGGCUGGCGCCAGUCCAGUCCGAGCGAACAAUGAGCCAAUCUCACCUCAUCGGGAGUACGCGUCGCAAUGCACAUGUACGAGGGCAAACCGCCUGGCGCGCUGUCUAUCCGCGAUGAGCACUCGACGGAGCGCAGGUUAGGACACAAAAUAGAAGACUCACGUGUGGUCCGAUCUCUGGAUGGUGAUGCGAGCGGGCGAGUCCGGCAGAGUGCGAGUCAUGGUGACGUGUGCCAUGUGCAUAUGAAAUGAAUGACCGGAGAGGACAUGGAUGGGGCAGAGAG